AUGGUGCAUUCAGCCUCAUCCAUCCUUCUGUUCGGUGCUGCGUUAUUGUCGACCGCCUACGCGAUAGGUCCUGACUGCGUUAAUGGUCCGCUGAAAGACAAUAAGAUUUGCGAUGUCAAUGCUCCACCAACCGAGAGGGCAGCCGCUCUCGUUGCAGCUAUGGAGACGUCGGAGAAGCUCGAUAACUUGAUGAGUAAAUCCAAGGGCGCUGCUCGACUCGGCCUUCCAGCUUACAACUGGUGGGGAGAAGCAUUGCACGGUGUAGCUGGAGCUCCGGGGAUCAACUUCACCAAACCCUUCACAAAUGCCACCUCUUUCCCCAUGCCAUUGCUCAUGUCAGCUGCCUUUGACGAUGACCUUAUUCAUCAGGUCGCCAACAUCAUCGGAAAUGAAGCACGUGCGUUCGGCAACGGUGGUGUGGCUCCAGUGGACUUUUGGACUCCCGACAUCAACCCAUUCCGCGAUCCUCGUUGGGGUCGUGGCUCAGAAACACCCGGAGAAGACAUACUGAGAAUCAAGGGCUACACAAAGAGUCUACUAGCAGGACUAGAAGGUGACCAGGCACAACGAAAGAUCAUUGCGACAUGCAAGCACUACGUUGGCUACGAUAUGGAGGCCUGGGGCGGCACCGACCGCCACCACUUUGACGCCAAGAUCUCGAUGCAAGAUCUAGCAGAAUACUACAUGCCUCCAUUCCAGCAAUGUGCACGCGACUCGAAAGUCGGAUCAUUCAUGUGUUCUUACAAUGCUGUCAACGGCGUCCCCACAUGCGCGGAUACAUACGUUCUCCAGACCAUUCUGCGCGACCACUGGAAUUGGACGGAGAGCAACAACUACAUCACCAGCGACUGCGAGGCCGUCGCCGAUAUUUCUGAGAACCACAACUACACCAAAACGCUUGCUGAGGGCACUGCAGUGGCAUUCAACGCUGGCAUGGAUAACAGCUGCGAGUACUCAGGAUCUUCCGAUAUUCCUGGAGCUUGGAGUCAAGGACUUAUGAACAUCUCCACUGUAGACAGGGCUCUUACGCGUCAAUAUGAAGGACUCGUCCGCGCCGGAUACUUUGAUGGUGCUGGAGCUGUAUACGCAGACCUAGGCAUCAACGAUGUCAAUACGCCGGAAGCACAGCGACUCUCUCUGCAGGUUGCAUCAGAAGGCCUAGUUAUGCUCAAGAAUGAUGAUACGCUUCCACUUCCGCUUUCCAACGGAUCCAAUGUCGCCAUGAUCGGAUUCUGGGCUAAUGACUCUUCGAAGCUGUCUGGUAUCUACAGCGGCCCUGCUCCUUAUCUGCGUACGCCAGUAUGGGCUGGUACGCAGCUCGGUCUGAACAUGUCCGUUGCCACAGGUCCUAUUCUACAAAACUCCAGCGCUCGGGAUAAUUGGACGACCAAUGCACUCAACGCAGCGCAAGGUUCCGAUUACAUCAUCUACUUCGGUGGGCUAGAUACUUCAGCAGCGGCAGAGGGCUUCGACCGUACGAGCAUUAGCUGGCCUAGCGCACAAGUCGAACUCAUCACCAAGUUGGCUAAGCUCGGCAAGCCUCUUGUCGUCGUUGUUUUGGGCGACAUGGUCGAUAACUCGCCCCUCCUUUCUAUGGAAGGUGUCAAUUCAGUCAUCUGGGCCAACUGGCCCGGUCAAGACGGUGGUUCAGCGGUAAUGCAAGUCGUCUCUGGUGCGCAUGCAGUUGCGGGCCGCCUACCAAUCACGCAAUAUCCUGCGAGUUACACGGAACUCUCCAUGUUGGAUAUGAACCUGCGCCCGGACGCCGACAGCCCCGGUCGAACCUACCGCUGGUACAACCAAUCUGUACAGCCAUUUGGCUUUGGCUUGCACUACACCACGUUUGCAGCGAACUUCAGCAGUAGCCACGGCCUUACCUACAAUAUCCAGGAACUGAUGAGUAACUGCACGCAAAAAUACUCCGAUCUCUGCGACGUUCCUGCAGUAGAAGUUGCGGUUACAAACAAGGGUAACCGAACCUCUGACUUCGUCGCUCUAACGUUCAUCAAGGGUGAAGCUGGACCGAAACCCUACCCGCUCAAGACCCUGGUUUCUUACGCGCGAAUGAGAGACAUUUCCGGUGGUCAGACGAAGAUGGCGUCACUCGCCCUCACGCUUGGAACGUUGGCACGAGUUGACCAGAUGGGUAACACGGUUGUGUAUCCGGGAGAGUACACGUUACUGCUUGACGAGCCUACACAGGCAGAGCUCAAAUUGACUAUUACGGGUGAAGAGACAGUGCUGGACAAGUGGCCGCAGCCGCCAGCAGCUAGUUAG